AUGCCGUUCUAUGUUGUUAAUAGCAACCUCAAUCGUAUGUGGAGAAGGUACGGGCUGGUUAAUGUUGCCUCCAAUUAUGAAGGUUUUUUUCUCUUCAAAUUCAAUAAUGAAGAGGGUAUGUCCUAUGUUCUUGAAAAUGGACCAUGGCUUGUUAAUGGCAUUCCGUUAUUUGUUAGCAAAUGGAAAGCGGGUAGUUCUCUUGGAAAACCGGAACUUAAAAAGCUACCUAUUUGGGUUAAUCUCUAUGGCGUUCCUCUUGAAGUUUGGAAUGCACAGGGACUGAGUGAAUUGGCAAGUGGAAUAGGGAUCCCUCUAACCCUUGAUCGUGCCACGGAGGAAAGAUGUAUAUCUCAGUCUGGGCGUGUUGGGUUUGCCAGAAUACUGAUAGAAGUUUCUGCUGAUAAGGCCAUAGCAGAUGAAGUUAUUGCUUUGGUACCUUCUUUGGAUGGUACUGAAGAGAAGGAGGUCAUUAUUAGAGCUAUGUAUAAUUGGAAGCCAGCUCGAUGUAAACAUUGCAAUAUCUUUGGCCACUCUUUCAUUGAUUGUACUGCACGGCCAUUGACUGAUGAUGAAAAGAAAGCUGCUAUUUCAAAGGAGGAGGCUAAAAAAGAUCAGAAAGUUGGGGACGAUGGGUUUCAGACCGUUGGCAGGAAAAACCGACCUGUCCAGAAUCAGGUUAAAAAUGUGGGCUUUCAGACUUCUAAGGGUGGUGGUAAUCAGCAGAGCAGCAAUUCUAAGGGUAGUACUAAGUCUUGGGUCCAGCAAAGAUUUUAUUCUCAGGGUCAAAAAACUUCCCAAAUUGGCUCUAAUCCGGUUGGGAAGAAAUUCAAUGGAACUACUGGCAAACAGGAAGCUACUCUGUCUUCUCAAAAGAAGGGUAAUGAUGGGGAUCUUAAAAAUGGACAGACUCUGAAUAGGCAGCUAAAAAGUGGAGCACCUACUGGUUCAUCAAAAGGGAGUAAGUUUUCUGAGGAAGGCAAGCAUGUUAAUAUUCAGAAUAGUAGCAAAACUAUGUUUCCUGAUCAAGUCUUGAAUAAGGAGAAAGGUGUUUUAAAUAAGGCUAUUGAAAAGUCCUUGUGGACAGAAAAAACUAAAAAGGGUCAGAAUAUGGGAGAUGCUAAUUUUGUUAUCUUGAAGAAGGGUGAUAGUGGUGUUAUGAGUACAAGCAACCCUUUUGAUGUUCUUGACCAAUUGCCUACGGAUAAUGAUGAUGAGAAUGACCACAAAUGGUUUUUUGAUCAAGAAGCAGUCAAUUUCUACCUUGAGCGUGGUAUCAUACCACCUGCUGAUGUUUUUAUUGAAUGGUCGCAGGAGCAGGCUGAUUAUUACAGAAAUCAUACUAUGCGUGAGGAUGUUUAUCGUAAGGAUGAUGCCCCAGAAUUCAUGCAAGUUGAGGAUGAGGAUCGUAGAAGGGGGGGAGAAAGGUUGACUAAACCCAAAUUGUCUUCUCAAUGA